UGGACUGGACGGGAAAGUGUACUAUUUAUGACGUCAUUAGAGGCGCGUCAUUCCAUAUGAUUUCUUGGUUGAUUCUGAUCUGAUUAAAUUAUGAGCUUUCACAAGAAAGACGAGAAGAGAAGCUAUCGGUUAUGACGAAUACAGUGGUUAAAUAUGAUCUAAUUAAAUAAUUAGUACGUAGUGGCGAUAUUUUCGUUGAAUAUGUUAGGAAGGACUUUGAUUUUUAUUAAAAAGUGAACCAGUUUUGUGCAAAUUGUUAUUGUGAGGCCAAUUUUGGAUUAGACUGAACAUAUUUAUUUACUUAUAACACAGUACCAUGGGAUUACUAUUUGCAAAAAUUUGGAGCCUAUUUGGCAAUGAAGAACAUAAGAUUGUUAUUGUGGGCUUGGACAAUGCUGGCAAGACAACUAUAUUGUACCAGUUUUUGAUGAAUGAGGUUGUACAUACUAGUCCUACGAUAGGUUCGAAUGUGGAAGAAGUUGUGUGGCGGAAUAUUCACUUUAUUAUGUGGGACUUAGGAGGGCAGCAGUCUUUACGAGCAGCUUGGAGUACUUAUUACACCAAUACAGAAUUUGUUAUAGUGGUAGUAGACUCAACGGACAGGGAAAGGCUGUCCAUGAUACGAGAGGAACUGUACAAAAUGUUGGCCCACGAAGAGCUAUCGAAAGCGGGCGUCUUAGUGUACGCGAACAAACAGGACGUCAAGGGUUCGAUGAGUGCCUCGGAGAUAUCGAAAGAACUAGACCUAACCUCGAUCAAGCAGCAGCAGUGGCACAUACAGUCUUGCUGCGCGUUAACAGGCGAAGGGUUGUAUCAGGGGUUGGAGUGGAUAGUGAGUAGGCUAAAGAAAAAAUGACAGCAUUCUUACUUUAGUUAGAAUUUAGUCUUUCAUAAUUUUUAUUAAGAACGAUUGUAAUAUAUGAAAAAACAUGGUUUAACACUGUUGAGGAUUGUUUCUCAUAUUGAGAAAGAAAACUUUUGCGAAAUUCUCCUUCCAUGUGACUGUCAGAGCAUUUUCAUGUCUCGUAUUUAAUGCAUACCAAGGUGUCUUUAUUAAUAAUUUUUAAUACGAAGCUGUGGGAAUUUUUAAUUAUACAUCAUUUUUAUUAAUUCACUAAAA